GAGCCAGAGUUAUCCCGUGAACACAGUGCCGCUGCUUUAGAGGUGGUCUGUCGAGUCAAACAAAAAAAAAACCUGGAUUAGAAUUAGCCGUUUCGUGCUCUACUGGACAGUGUGACGUCACGGAGUGGACAACGGAUUUAAAAAGUGUAUAUCAAACAAAACAGGAUUACAAAAGCUGAAAGGAUAUCAGUUAUAAUCAUCUACAACCAGUCAAUACCCUAAACAGCUACAGGUAGCAGGAUAGUAAAAAAGCCACCAUAGCUGGCUAUUAAUAGCUGCUACAAUUAUCCAACCACAACAACCACAAGUAAAGCCAACCCCGGAUACAAAUUCAAAACCUGCGCUGGAUUUAAAUAACCACAAUCUGCUUAACAUAGCCAUAACCCAACUCAACAAGGUAUAAAAAAAUUUAACAGCUAAACUAAAGCAAAAGACCUUCCAGUUGACUACGUCUAUUUUUAUAACAGGGAAUUUCCAAAAAAACAAAAACAAACAAAACACGAUGGUGGUGAUUUCCCUUGUGCCGCAUCUGUAACAUGCAUCUCCUCUCUCCAAGAUGGAAGCACUAUCUCGAUUAACCCUCACCUCGUCACGACACAGCUUUGACUUGACUUAAAAAACAACAUCCCGCAGUCUAAAUAAAAAAAAAUUGUGGAUUUUCAAGAGGAAAAAAUAAAAAAAAAUCAGCAGUCAAAACCGCACCAGCAUAGGUCCCUUACACCGACUGUCCAAGGUCGCGAGUUCGAAAUCGCGCGGGACUCAGGCCCUGGUCGUCGCCGCGGCCACUUUUAUGACGCUGGUGCUAUGGGUCGCGCUCAAGAGGUGUCCCCAUCGAUGUGACAGCGUCAUGCGACGCCCCUCGACGCCCAUGUCCCUGUGUGUUUUCUUCCUGAUGUGCGUCUCGCUGACUCCCGUGAUGGCCAGGCGCGCCCCCAAGAGCCGGCUGUCCCUGUGGAUAGACGAGCAGCAGGUCAAGACCCUCAUAGGUCUGGGCAUGGAGAUCAGCCUGAUCACCAACGGCGAGGUGGUCCCCUACGUCAACAGUCCCGAGGUCUACGAGAGCAUCGUCAUCCCCCCGGAGAUAGACACCGUCAACCUGACGUGGCAGGCGGGCGGAGAGAGCUACACCUACGUGUUUGACAACUUCACCUCCCUAGAUCAACACCUGUUGUACCAGCCGCUGUUGGGGAUACCAGAGAGGGGAUAUAUCCCGAGAUACCCGACAGUAUUUCAGAUCACCAUACCGUGCAAGGGGAAAGAGAAAGGGGUUGCUUCCCUUCGAGUUGGGCUGAAAAUAUUUGACCACUGGCAGAAGCCGCUCAAGGGGACGCCCAUCCGGAUACGAUUGAAGAAGCAAUGUGUAGCAUUCGUCACCAGCUCCCUCUGCAGGCCCGGAUGUCGGAACGGCGGCACGUGCAACGGCCACGGUGUCUGCGAGUGCCCCCAGGGUUUUAAAGGGCCAUUGUGCGACAUAGCUUUGUGCAACCCGGCAUGCCAGAACAAUGGCACGUGCAUUUCCCCGUCAACGUGCUCGUGCCCGGCUGGUUUCCAUGGCAACUACUGUGAAAAAGCACUGUGUGGCCGAUUAUGCCAAUAUGGUCACUGUGUACCAGAGGGCUACUGUUGGUGUGAUCAGGGAUAUUACGGAGACGCCUGUGAAUUUAGCUUGUGUGAUCCCAAAUGUAAAAACGGAGGGACCUGUGUGGGACCCAACCACUGCCAAUGUACUGCACCGUUUGGUGGACCAUUAUGUGAGAUGAAGGACGACACAGAGAGACCAAGAAGAAGUAACGAGCCCAUCAUAACCAAGAAAAGAAAAGUUGCCAAGCAAGUCAAUAAAGGCGUGGAAGAAAAACUCAGAAAAGCCGAAAAGCGGUUACUGAAAAUCAUAUUCAGACGUUCUCAAAAAUGGGACUUAACUUCUGAGGAACAGCAAAUGCUGACGAAAAUGAACUCUAAAACGGACAGUCUUUUGCUACAGGAGCGUCGGUACCUCGUCAAUUUCCUCACCCGCCAUCGCCGGCAUUUAGACAGCAAAGACAAAACGAAAGUGAAAAGGUUCAAAAACUUGAUCAGGAAAUCCAAAAACGGACAAAAAAAAAGUAGCAGGCGGAGAAAAGAAUGAGGGUUUCAACACAAAACAACCAACCAAAUUGAUGACGUCAUUUGCGGUUUAUUAUCACACACUGCUUAAGGUCAUAAAAGGUCAUUAGUAGACAUGCGCACUAGAGUAUUGACGUAUUUCCUUUUAAGGGUUUGAAUCUCAAGUCAAACACUGCUAUCCAAAAUAAGCUAUCAGAUGCAUGUGGAUACAAAGUUCUUUUUUAAGUUGAAUUUUCCGCAUUUUUUAUUCAACAAACAUAUGCACUCGUAUUGCAACUACAUUGCUAAAUAGCUUAUGUGGUGAGAGGUUACGAAAUGAAUAAAAGG